CAUAAAAACUCAACAUAACCUUAAAAUUUGACAUUUGGGGAAAUGUUUUGAAACAAAUUUUCAUUUAUUAUAAGAAGAAAACUAUAAUUAUAUAAAUCAUGGCUCUUUUAAGGCGUUGUGUGCCGCUUUUUAUGAGGGCUAUUAACAACGUUCCUGUUACAAUACAAGCUCAAAAAAUCCACAGAUGGGUUGCGCCGACUCUAAUGGAAUUUAAGCGUCGGGAAGAUAAACAAGGUGGAAAGGUAACAAACCCUCGCAACACUUUCUUAGAAUGGAAUUUGGAGGCGGAACUCUACGCUUUUGGAAAACGUUUGAACGAGGAAUUCGACUCGGACCUAUUAUUACAAGCGUUCACCGACAGGUCGUAUGUGAUUAAAGAGGAAAUGAGACAGAAAGACAUGGGACUAGACAUAGUAAUGAAGGACAACAGAGAGUUAGCUGAUGAAGGUGGGAAGUUUAUAAAUGGAUACAUUCAGCUCUACCUAGAAGCAGUACUGCCGAAGUUUCCAUUGCAAGGAGUGAGGAGCAUCCAAAACCACCUGGUCAGCGAGGAGACUUUGAUGCAUGUGUCUUUGCAUCUUGGUACUAAGGAUAUUAUUCUAGCUUCGGAAUACCCAGUCAGCAAUUACAUACUAGCAAAUGCAUUCAGAGCUAUUGUGGGUGCUCUACUGAAGUCUUCAGGUGAAGAGCGAGCAGCACAUUUUGUGCGCGACUUUGUCAUUACGCAGUUGCAAGGCAAAGAUGUCAAUGAAUACUGGCAGAUUGAUGAUCCUUGGGCAAUGUUAACUAGUUUUGUUGAGAAGGAGGGAGUUAAUGUAGAACCCAGGUUAAUUGGCGAGGUUGGCAAGAACACAAUGCUGGCUUGCUACAGGGUUGGACUGUAUGUAGACAAGAAGAUGGUUUCAUCUGGUUUCGGUGAAAGUGUAGCAAUAGCCAAGGAAAUGGCAGCAAGAGAAGCCCUCAAAAAGAUAUUUGGCACUGAAGAUCACAUGAAACCAAUCAACUUCCAAUUAAACGGCAUACCAAAGCCAGUGUCGGAGUCGCGGUACCAAAUAACAGCUAGUUGAAGGAACAUAUUUAUUAAUGUAGAAAUAGGUUAAUAUAAAAUAAUUAAAUAUAA